AUGGAUGGUCCCCCGCCGCCUCCGCCGCCUCACGGCGAGAAUCCUCAUACUACUGAGGGCGAAUACCGAAAAUCUUCCGACCUGCCAACCGGAAACUACGAUAUCUUUGUCGUGCCACCGCACUCCUCUGGCUCCGGCUUCCUCUAUCUACCCUCCCUACAAACAAACCGCAACAGCUUUCUCGCUGGAGCCGUAAGCACGCUACUAUUGGUCAUAGCCUGGUCGUUGAUCUCACCAGCAGUCAAGACCUGGUACAUUGCCGCUGUAUCAUCCAAUGGCAAUGGAAACAGUCCUAUGGCUAUGGUAGUGGUAGCUUUCGGGGUAGGUAUUGUAGGCUGGGCCCUUGGAAUAUCGCAAUCGAAAAUGGAUGGCUUCUUUGGUUUUGGCGGCAAUUGGGGAGGUGGUCUUGGUGGUGGUUCUUCGGGAGGACGUGGAGCGGGAGCUGAUGGAGCCAAUGCCAACUUUGGUCAUGGACAGCAGAGCAAAGGAGGUGGAACAGGACAGCAGCAGCGACAGCAACAGGGAGGGAACUAUGGUGGAGGAACGAACUCAAACAAUCAGUAUGGUGGAAAUCAACACCAAAAUCAGGGUGGGGCUGAUUCGAAACCAGAUAAAGAGAAUGAGGAAAAUGAAAGAGAGAAGGAGAAGGAGAGAGAGCGUGAGCGUGAACAAGAACGGGAACGGGAAAAAGAGCGAGAACGAGAGAGAGAGGAAAAGGAAAGAGCUAGAGCAAAGGAGAAGGAGAAGAAGGAUGCUGCGGAGCGUGAACGUGAGCGCGAAAGGGAGGAGGCUAAGCGUAAAGAGGAUUUGCGUCGCAAGAUGGAAGAGUUCAAACGCAAGCGAGAGGCAGAAGCGAAAGAGAAGCAGAGAAAAGCAGAAAGAGAGGCUAUGGAGAAGGAGUUGAAGGAGCGUCGUGAGCAACUCGAGCGAGAAAUGGCUGCUGCCAAAGCGGCGGCAGAGAAAGAAGCUCGCGAACGCUUAGAGAAAGAGGUUGCCGAAGCUCGUGCUAAGCAUGAGAAGGAGGCUGCUGAGGCUAAGGCUGAAGCCGAAAGACUUGCCGCUGAAGCCAGAGCAGAGACUGAUCGGAUAGCAAGAGAGGCAAAAGAAAAAGCUGCCAAAGAGGCUUCCGAGAGGGAGGCCGCUGCAAAGGCUGCUGCUCAAAAAGAAGCCAUGGCUAAGUUUGCGGCUCUCAAAGAGGCUGCCGCAAAGCGAUACGCGGAGAAGAAGGCUCAGGAGAACAAAGAGAAAGCAGCCAACAACAAGCCUGCUAGCCCUGCAAGUGCCACAAGUGCACCACGUACACCUUCACCCAAGAAGCCUCCCUUCCCAACAGCGAGAACAUCGGUUGAGGAAGACGAUGCAUACUCAUUUCGACCCUAUGAUCGUCCAAGACGACCAUACGGUGGUGCAUCUGGGUCUUCUGCUUACUCCGAGUCAUCAUAUGCCCCAUCUCAGUCAACGGCUCACACAACACCUCCUCCAUCACAUCGUAGCUCAUACUCAACCAAGGAUCCUGACAAGAUCGUGAUCCAAGGAGUUUAUCAAUUCAACAACGCGUUCAUGAAAACUCCAGUUGCUCAGCUGGUCUCCGGCCAAGGAAUGGUGACUGAUGGUCUCGUGCUGCGAAUUACCACAGAAGGUCUCUUCGUCGAUGAUGAUUUACGCGGUGUUGGUCAGCGUGAAUGGGACGUCAAGGCGUGGACCCUAAAGCUCACCGAAGUCUGGUGCCCCCAGAUGGGCGCACCACCUGCCAAACCCGGCUCCAGCAACCCCUUUUCCUUCCGUCGCGGUGCCUCCGCUCACUCAGUACCAACGACCGAAGAAUCCGAUGCCUUCGUCGUCAAUUUACUCAAAGUCUGCAAGAACACCUGCCGUCUCGCGUCCCCAAGUGCAUUCUUUGCUCGCAGUGCUACUGCCAGUGGAGUCAAUGAAAGUGUACGCGCUCCUCCUCAAUCCGAGUUCCGUGGCCUUCACGUUCUUCGCGCCAGCCUCCGUGACCAGGAGGGUAAGCGCUAUGUCUUCGUGUUGCAAGACACCGAGGCAUGGAAGGUCGCCAUUGGUCUCCAGCGGCUCCGUGCUGGCGCUCUCGUGCGCAACCUGGGUGUAACCCACCUCCCUGUCCCAGAUUGCAAGAGCGUGCUCAACGGACUUGGUUAUAUUUGA